ACAACCACCCAUUGCCGGUUUAUUAUUUUGUUAUUACGCAUAGGAAACAGAUACGCGAAGUGUAUUAACUAUUUUUAAGUGAAAAUCAACUGAACAGCUACUCGCUAUGUUAAGAAGCAAAGUUUAUCCUUUCUUGAAUGCUGCGGUAACUUCCCCAUUUGGCUAUGGGAAAACUUUCCUUCGCAAAGCCCAACCUAGUGAUAAGUUAUCGGUGCAUCAGUAUUGUGGUUUGAGUACGUAUGGCCGCUGUCUGCAGAAUGAACAACCAAGGAGUGGUUUUAAAACAUCAACGACAUCAAACCAACUAAAAGAACUGAAAACACAUUCACACCAACGUUCACCUACAUAUUCUGGACCAAGUAUUAAUCAGUUCACGACACGUUCUCAUAACUGUGGGGAGUUGCGAAUAACACACGUGGGACAAGAAGUCACUCUAUGCGGAUGGCUCGAGUUUUCACGAAUGAAUAAAUUCUUUACUCUCCGCGAUGGUUACGGAACCGUACAGUCUAUUGUACCGGAAGAUAUGUGCAACAAAUACAAGUUGGAUGAUUUGGCUUUCGAAUCAAUCCUACGCGUAACAGGAACCGUUCAACCUCGCCCCAGUGGCCAAGCGAACAGAGCCAUUCCAACGGGAGAGAUUGAAAUACAUGUGAGCGGAUUAGAGGUGUUAAAUGAAGCGAAAAAACGACUUCCUAUCCAUGUAAAGGAUCACAAUCGUGCUAAGGAAAAUCUUCGCCUAGAGCACCGAUACAUCGAUCUGCGAAAUCGAGACCUGCAGCAUAAUCUACGCGUCCGAUCGCAGGUGAUUAUGAAGAUGCGCGAAUGCAUGAUCAACGAUUAUGGAUUUGUAGAGGUCGAAACACCGACGCUUUUUCGUAGAACGCCUGGGGGAGCACAGGAGUUUGUCGUACCAUCAAGGAAACCGGGACACUUUUACUCGCUCGUACAAAGCCCACAACAAUUCAAACAGAUGCUGAUGGUUGGAGCAAUCGAUCGUUACUUUCAGAUUGCACGCUGUUACCGUGACGAAUCGACCCGACCCGAUCGUCAGCCGGAAUUCACCCAGCUUGAUAUAGAGCUAUCUUUCACUGAUCGCGAAAAAGUGAUUGAGUUGAUCGAAAAUGUGCUGAUGAAAUCGUGGCCUUACAGUGACAAUCCCAUUCGGGGAUCUUUCCCGCGCAUAACGUUAGCUGAAGCGAUGGAACGGUUUGGCAGCGACAAACCAGACACAAGGUUUGGCUACGAAUUGGAAAACUUUACCAAGCUAUUGGGGACUCAGUUGACUCCACCAGCAGGUGUACGACAGCAGGACUUUAGAGCGUACGGAAUCCUUAUUCGAGCGAAGGAAGCCAACCAGUUAUCUUCUGGAUUGAAGAAAUCACUCGAAGAAAUAGCAAAGAAGAGUAAUUUCUGUAAAUUUACUCAGAGCAAAAUCACACCAGACUGGAGUGCUGGACCAAUUGCUCGGUUGCUUGGCAAGGAAUCAGCAGAAGCGUUAUGCGAUCAAUUAUCCUUGCGUUCGGGCGAUCUUUUACUUCUUGGCUGGGGAAAGCGAACAUAUGUGCAAAACAUGAUGGGACGGAUACGUUUGGCCGGCUAUGAAGCGUUGGAAAAGGGAGAUCUCGUACCAACGCGUCAAUCACACGCGCAUAACUUUCUCUGGGUGGUCGAUUUUCCCAUGUUCAGCGAGAACGAAGAAACGGGCCAGAUUGAAAGUACACAUCACCCAUUCACGGCACCACAUCCGGAAGAUGCAGCCGCGUUAAACGAGGACUUUGACGAUAACAUUUACAACAUUCGCUCGCUAGCAUACGAUCUCGUGUGGAAUGGAGUGGAGAUCGGUGGAGGAUCGAUCCGAAUACACAACAGUCAGCUGCAGCGAAUGGUGCUAAAGGAUGUGCUAAAGAUUGAACACGACCAUCUGCAUCAUUUGCUCGAUGCGCUCGAAAGUGGUGCACCUCCACACGGUGGCUUUGCAAUCGGGCUCGAUCGUUACGUCGCAUUGCUGUGCAAUGCGGCCUCCAUACGUGAGGUAAUAGCAUUUCCCAAGAGCCUCGACGGUAAGGAUCCACUUUCGAAAGCGCCCGUCCCUAUAAGUGACGAGGAGAAGCGUAUGUAUCACAUCCGGGUUGUAGAAUGAGACGUUUGUUUCCGCGUGCAAUAGUCGGAGAAGCUUAAAGCAAAUAAAAACCAAAAAAUGUUUCAUAAUUA